ACACUCCAUUGGUACUUCCGCUGUAAGUCUGCGAGGACGUCGUCAACACUUCUGCGGAGCAGUCGACAGGGACCAGCGAAAACGACUGUUCCUUGGUCAAACUCCACGGCAUGAUGAAGUCACAGGGUGUGUUGGUGGGGGUGUCUCUGCUAACUAGCGUAGCUCUGCUGGGACUGAUAAACGUGCGGCGGAAAGAAGAGAUGAAGGAGCAGAAACAUGUAUCGUUCGAGACGAUUAAACUGCGUGUGACCAGAGACGUACUGGGAGAGUACCAACACGAGGUGAUCAGAGCUCACAACCUGCUGGACAAGACCAAGGCUCAGGUGGAUACUCUGGGGUCAGAACUCCCCCCACUGCAGGCUGCAGAGGCCAAGAAGAAGAGUGAACUGGAGGCAUGCCAGGGAGAAAAUAAACAUGUCGCAGAUGAGGUGGGGGCCAUUGAGGCAGAGAACAGUAACUCUAAAACUGAGUUUGAGAAGCAAAAGGCUGCCUGGGAAGCAGAGAUGACGUCUCUCAAACAGCAGGUGGUGCAGCGCAGCAAAGUGUGUGUCUUUGUGAAGAAGGACUCUGUAGAGGGAAGGAAACUGUGUGGAGAUGAACCGCCUAAACAAGAGGCCGCUCCAAAACCAGAUGCCCCCAAACCAGAAGAAUCCAAGCCAGAUGCUCCCAAACCUGAUUCUCCUAAAGAAGCCCCUAAACAAGAGGCCACCCCCAAACCAGAAGAAUCCAAACCAGAUGCUCCCAAACCUGAUUCUCCUAAAGAAGCCCCUAAACAAGAGGCCGCCCCCAAACCAGAAGAACCCAAACCUGAGGCCCCAAAGAUGAGAUGAGCAGAGCUGGGGAUGGGCGAAGAGAACGGGAAGAGCAACGUGGAAUCAAAGAAAAGACAUAAGGAAGGCAGAUGAAAAAUGGAGACCUUCUGCAGGACAUUUCUCUGUUCCUUUUAAAACUCGUUAGAACUUGUCCUUCAUGCUACUUUAGAGUGUCUAUUAACUACCAUCUAACAUGAGUGGAUAUUGAAUAGUUUUUGUUAACCUUGUCCAUUCCUCUCUCUCAGUAUGACCCUCCCUCAGGGGGUGUUUGUGUGUGUGAUUUGAACAAAUGUGUAUGUGCCACCAGUAUCGACCAAUUGGAAAGUCCAGAGCCUCGCUCUGUCACUCCUCAUCAUCCUCACUCUGUUACCCGGGUGACGGUAUUAUGCAGUGGUGGCGACCAUAGCAUGGACAAAUCAAAAGUCCUGGAUUAAACUAAUGGUAUUUCUGUUUGUCUGAUUCUGAUGUAAUAAAGCUUAACCCUAAAGGAAAGUUUUGAAUGUGGAUUUUAGUAACUAUUGAUACAGGACCAUUUCAUAUUUAAUGUGAGCACAAACAUUGGCAUUGUUUACUGUAUUUUCUGAUUCCCUCCAUCUGUAAACAUUUCAAGACAAAUAACUAAUAACAGCUGCUGGAGAUCUGUUAGAGUAUCACAAUGAUGUAAAACUCAUAUAGAAUGAAGUCACCUCAAAUUAUUGGCACCCAUGAUAAAGAUGAGCAAACAGUACUUUAUAAUACAAAAUAUUAAGCUAUUGUGUAUAUUGCAUGCUCAAAUAAAAUAUUUAUAGUACUA